AGGGGGCGGGGCGCGCCGCGCCGGGGACGACGUCGGGGGCGCGCCUAGCGGCGGCGGAGCGCGAGCACCAUGGAGGAGGCGGCGGACGGGGCCCGGCAGCAGGAGCGGCACUACCAGCUGCUGUCGGCGCUGCAGGGCCUGGUCAAGGAGCUGCCCAGCUCCUUCCAGCAGCGCCUGUCCUACACCACGCUCAGCGACCUGGCGCUGGCGCUCCUCGACGGCACCGUGUUCGAGAUCGUGCAGGGGCUGCUGGAGAUCCAGCACCUCACCGAGAAGAGCCUGUACAACCAGCGCCUGCGGCUGCAGAACGAGCACCGAGCGCUCAGGCAGGCUCUGCGACAGAAACACCAGGACGCCCAGCAGGCCUGCCGGCCCCACAACCUGCCUGUGCUCCAGGCGGCCCAGCAGCGGGAGCUAGAGGCAGUGGAGCACCGGAUCCGUGAGGAACAGCGGGCGAUGGACCAGAAGAUCGUCCUGGAGCUGGACCGGAAGGUGGCGGACCAGCAGAGCACACUGGAGAAGGCAGGGGUCGCCGGCUUCUACGUGACCACCAACCCACAGGUGGAGGCCAGGCUUCGCUGGAAGUCAGCCCCAUGGGCUCCCUGCCUGGUGCUCUCUAGGCCCUGAUAUGUGCCCUGGGUGCUUGGAGAAAGGAGGCUGCUUCCUGAGGCCUCUGCCAGGGCUGAAGGAGACCUCACGGGGGCCCCUCUGCAUCCCAGGAGCUGACGCUGCAGAUGAACCUACUGGAACUCAUCCGGAAGCUGCAGCAGAGGGGCUGCCAGGCGGGGAAGGCGGCACUGUGAGCAGGCAGGGCUCCUGCCAGGGACCCGCUCCCCAUCGUGGCCAGGAAGACGGCCCUGUCUCAGUCACCUAAGGCAGCAGAAGGCUGAGUGGCACGCGUCCUCCUGAAGUCCGGCCACCGCCUUCCCAGCUGCCUGCAGGCGGGGGCUCCCUGUGGGGAGGAGCCAGGUGGACCUGGGCUGCACCCGCCACCCACCUUCAGCUGGUUUUUGUCCAGCGCCAGCGUGGGAGGGCGGCGGGGAGAGCGGGCCCAGCCUCCCACCUGUCUGCCCCAGGCUUCUGACGUGUUCCGCUCUCGGCCCCUCCCUCGGCAGGUGCAGCCCCCGAGUGCGGAGGCCUCCCAAGCUGUGUGUGACCACGAAAAAUAAAGUCGCCUCAGCGUGGCCUGCA